AUGGAGACCGGGAACCAUAUCAGCGCAAACCCGCCGAGUACAUUACUGAAUCUUGAAACAAAAGUCCCCGAUCAACCCACCAACGUAGUGGCGACGCAGCAGCUAGCCGUUGCGAAGGUCCCCAGAAAGCGCACCAAGACCGGCUGUCUAACUUGCCGACAACGUCGCAUCAAAUGUGGAGAAGAGAAGCCUAUCUGCAAAAACUGUACAAAGUCGAAACGCGAGUGUAAAGGCUAUGCGCAGCGAUUGAUCUUCAAGAAUCCCCUGGGAAUUCCUGGAGUACCAAGCACCAUUCCAGCACAACCUGCUCCUCCCUCCAGCCAAUUUGAGAGCCAAAUCGACUUUAGCCAGACGUCGGCUGGCACCCAUGGGCCAAUAUUGGCCCCAAAAAUCCCUGCUGCCUCUAGUAUAGAGCACCGGCAAUCACGGCCUUCUGUUGACAUAUCAGCAGAUAUUCUCAAAAGUGAUGCUGCGUUCGCUGAUCAGGUCCCUGGCCUACCACCAAGCUACCAACCGGCAAACCUGUCAGCUAGGUUCAGCCAGCCAGGACAGGAGGCAUCAGCUUUCGCCCAAAAUGUCUAUCCUCACUACAGCGUGCAUGACUGGGACUCGCCCCAAACCCAAAAUCAAGGAUUGGCUAUCAAAGAGUCGUCGUCGCGCACAGAAACACCACCUCAAGUGUACCAGAAUGUUAAGGUUGCUGAAUCACCUCCUGCAGUAAAUCUACCAACACAGCACUCGGCCGAGCAUCAAGCAAGCACGCAUGACCAAUAUCGCUCCCCUUCAUCUCAGUUACUAUCGCCAUUCCACUAUAUCGAGGAUGAAGAGGGCGACUACUACGAUGUAGAAUCGGACGAGGAACCGGAUCAAGUGGCAAUGCAGGAUUUCAACCAAUUGAAUAUGGUUCUGGCUUCUGCGAAUCGCGAUGCUACCCAACAUCGUUCUUUCACCACAUACUUGAACGAGGCCAAUAUGCUGGCCACCUACCAGCCGGAUCUCGGUUCUUCUCCCUUCAACAAUCCCAAGACAGCCCGAAUUUUCUUACACUUUAUACACGCUACUGGUCCAGUACUAUCGAUAUUUGAGCGACAUGGAACCGAUCAAUCGACCAUGCUAGGUGCUCCAGUCCCUAUGGCGCAGCAAGGACUGUGGACAUACACGCUUCCGCUCAAGUCUUUCCAGAAUCAAGCAUUGCAACAAGCUAUACUAGCAUUGGGUAGCUUACAUAUUGCGUACCUCCAACAAGCGCCAUCUACUUCCUCGCUCAAACAUUACCAGUUUGCGCUUCGGCGGAUAGGGAAAGCUGUCGGCCUCCCGAUGCAACGAAAGCAAUUGGGCACACUGGCGGCUUCGCUGCUUCUAGCUUACUAUGAAGUUAUGGUAGCUGAUCAUACCAAAUGGAACAAUCAUCUUGCUGGAUCAGCUCAACUAAUUCGCGAAAUCGAUUGGGCUGGUAUAACUCGAGACCUUCGCGCUCAAAGACGGAAACGAUGGCUUGAGCGGAGCAAUACCCACAGCUUUUUUCAGGAUGUCUACAUGUUCAACAACCCGUCUUCCAGCGACGAUUCUUUCGCUGAAUUGGAGACCAGGAUUGAUGAGGAUCUCAUAGGGUGUUUUCUAGGACGUGCCGUCAACUACGACGAGUUCGGACAGGUUGAAGGGGAGCAUGCCCAGCCUCGAAACAGACAUCUUUCGCGCAAGGACAUUGAGACUUUCCGGACUCAAUGUGACCUCUACUGGUGGUAUUGCAAGCAGGACUGGUUACAAAGUAUUAUUAGCGGUGGCCAGUUAUCUCUGCCUUAUUCUGAAUGGGGUCUGUGCCCUCCACGUGCGGGCAUAGGGCUGAGAAACGAUCUCUACGGGACUGCAGAUCAUUUGACUCUAUUGAUGGGCCGACUUGCGGACUUUGGAGUACGGGAUAGGAAGCGAAAGAUAAACAUGGCCAAAGCCACAGGGUCGGGAUGGAGGCCGGACGCCAGGUUCGACCAGGAGGCCCAGGUCAAGGUCCUCCUAAUGAUCGAUCUGGACCACCUGGUGGGCCUUUUGGGCCUCCCGGGCAUGGGGCUCCCGGACAUGGGGCUCCCGGACACGAGGCUCCCGGACAUGGGCUUCCUGGACAUGGGCUUCCUGGACAUGGGCCUUCUGGACAUGGGCCUCCUGGACAUGGGCCUCCUGGACAUGGGCCUCCUGGACAUGGGCCUCCUGGACAUGGGCCUCCUGGACAUGGGCCUCCUGGACAUGAAGGCCCCCAGCGGUCUUCCAGUGGUUCUUCUCCUGAACCACCUCCCUUCUAUGCGGUCUUCCAGUGGUUCUUCUCCUGAACCACCUCCCUUCUAUGGUAUGGUUCCGCCAUCCGGGCCUACGCGAUUACCUGCUGCUUUCGCAACUACAUCAGACAGAAAUGAUUCAUGUCCUCGCCCCGAAGAGGAUGUCGAUAUGUCGUACGAAGAAGCUGAACGUGAGUGGGAGGGCAUUUAUGCAGCGUUCGAAGUAUUUGCUCAGUCACUUGGCCCCGACUUUGAGCCUUUGUCACCCGAAGCCAGUAGGCCGAUCUACUCUCCUUUUGGUCUGGCGACUCAGUACUAUACACUCAACAUGGCUGGUCUGAUGGCAUUCUACUAUACUGGACGCAUGCUUUUGUUACGACUACAUCCUUCAAUGCCUCCUUGGAUGCACGUGGCAGCAGGGUUUGCGGCCGCGACAACAGCCGAGUACGCUCAGACCAUUGGAAAGAUCGCGGCGGGCAUUUACGGAGCACAAACCGGUCAAGGUGGCAUUGAGGGGUUCAGUCCAGUAGUUGGAUCAUGUUUGAUAGAUGUCACGGUACCGAUCUUCUUUGCAGCAGUGCAAUACACAGCGCCGGAUCAACGCAAGUGGAUCAUUGCUGUCCUACGCGACAUCUCCCGCUAUACGGGAUGGAAGUCUUCCGAUGCAGUUGCUCACGGGUGCGAGCGGUCAUGGAGAAACGCUGCAAUGCAAGGACGUGGUCCUCCCUACAACCAAGACGGGGGUGUGCAGAAGCCACCGGUCUGGAAGUAUGCGGAGUACGAAGCCAACAAAGAACGGCGAUUCAUUAUGGCCGAGCCCUACGUUUGGGCAAUGGGGAUUCUGAGUCUGGAUGAUAAGGACUUUGGGGAGUGA